GUCUCCCUCAGGCAGUUUGUCCGUUAGAGAGUCGGGGGGAGCAUCUGGCGAAGAGACCCGGACUGUGCGAGAGACGCUGUGAGUUCUGUGCACCCUGCUCUGCAAGUUGCUACCAUGGAGAUGAGCCGAGCUGGAGAGGCGAGGAGUAAGGGCGAAUCUUGCACCACGUGGAGUGCGCUGUCCUCAGAGGGCACCGCCUCCAUCUGCAGCAAAUCACCGCAAGAAAUCAUGGCUCUCUUUGGCCCUCACUUGACCAACCGUGAGAAGCUAGAACUCGCAGCCAUGCAGGAAGUGUGGUACUUUGCACUUUUCAACAAAUCUCAGGGAUUCAACAAUGAUGGAUACGACGACUACGAACGAAAUUACAUUCUGUUCCGGCAUGAGCACCUCCGCUAUCGCUAUGAGGUGCUGAAGAAGAUUGGAGAAGGAGGUCAAGGCCAGGUUAUCCAGUGCCUUGAUCACAAACGAAACAUCCUGGUGGCCAUCAAGAUCCUGGUGUCACCAUCGAGCUCCAAGCAAGAAACAUACCAGAAGAUGGAGCUCCAGAUAGCUCUGGAACUUCAGGACGAGGGCAGUGAUGAAGAUUUCAACGUCAUCAAAGUCCUGAACAUAUUUCAUUUCAGAGGACACUACUGUAUCGUCAUGGAGCUGUUGAAGGAGAGCCUUCAUGAAGUGAUUAGGAAUGCGGGGCUCCGACGGUUGGACAUGGCGAUGGUGAAAACCUACACCAGGGGCAUCCUCAAGUUCUUGCGCCACAUACAUUCCAGGAAAAUCGUCCACGCGGACAUCAAGCCUGAAAAUGUUCUCGUCAAAGACACCGUGACUGGCACCGUGAGGAUCACGGACUUUGGCACGAGCUUUUUCGUGGAAAGUCAACCUAUGAAUGUUGGUGGCACCCUAGAAUACUUGGCUCCGGAGCUGUUGCUGGGCUAUAGCUUGACAUGUGGAGUGGAUAUGUGGGCGCUGGGCUGCACGGUGGCGGAGUUGGCGACGGGCAGGGAAUUAUUCCGGUCCAACAGCCACGAAGAUCACCUCCCGCGCUGCAUAGAGAUUCUGGGGAUGCCUCCAAGGUACAUGGUGAAUGGAGCACCCGACAGAACGCAGUUCUUUGACCAUCGGGGGAAGAUGUUCUGCCCAGGCAAGAAAAGGGUUCCGGGGAGCUUCCCACUUCACAGGGUGCUCAAAAGCGAUGACCCGGAGUUUGUCAAAUUCAUCAGCUCCUGUUUGCGAUGGGAUCCGAAUUGUCGUAUGACGCCAGCGCAGGCGCUGGCUCAUAACUGGCUCCGGACCGCGGCCACCAGCACCACCACGGCCAGCAAAGCCACCACCACCACCACCGCUGCUGCUCCUGGCAGUGUGAAGCGCUCUGGAGCUGCUAAGCGACGAGUGGAGCUGGCACAGCGCCCAACCUCCUUGCUCGCCCAGGCCUCUAAAGAGAAGUUGAAGGUUGUGGAGGAAGAGACCAUGGUGGAGGAGCUGGUGGUGCUGGAGGAAGAGGAGACUCUGGUAGAGGAGUUGGUGGUACUUGAGACGCUGGUGGAGGAGUUGGUGGUACAGCAGGAGACCCUCGUGGAGGAGUUGGUGGUACUUGAGGAGACCCUGGUGGAGGAGAUGGUGGUACAGGAGACCCUGGUAGAGGAGUUGGUGGUACAGGAGGAGACCCUGGUGGAGGAGUUGGUGGUACAGCAGGAGACCUUGGUGGAGGAGUUGGUGGUACAGGAGGAGACCCUGGUGGAGGAGUUGGUGGUACAGGAGACCCUGGUGGAGGAGUUGGUGGUACAGGAGGAGACGUUGGUGGAGGAGUUGGUGGUACAGCAGGAGACCCUGGUGGAGGAGUUGGUGGUACAGCAGGAGACCUUGGUGGAGGAGUUGAUGGUACAGGAGACCCUGGUGGAGGAGUUGGUGGUACAAGAGGAGACCCUGGUGGAGGAGUUGGUGGUACAGGAGGAGACCCUGGUGGAGGAGUUGGUGGUACAGGAGGAGACCUUGGUGGAGGAGUUGGUGGUACAGAAGGAGACGCUGGUGGAGGAGUUGGUGGUACAGGAGACCCUGGUGGAGGAGUUGGUGGUACAGCAGGAAAAGAGGAAGCAAGGGAGCCUGGCCCGCAUAGGGAGAGCCAUCCGCUCACUCCUCCGACGUGUGCUGCUUUGUGGUGGCCGGUCCACUGCACAGUAGGGGUGGUGGAGGUGGUGGAUCAGUGUGAACCCUGAUCACUUUUACCACACUCACCACACUCACAACACUCACCCUGCACCCACCCACCCUGUAAUACCCUCCACCCACCACACUCACCCUGCACCCACCACACUCACCCUGCACCCACCACACUCACCCUGCACCCACCAGGUGGAGGUGGUGGAUCGGUGUGAACCAUGAUCACUUUUACCACACUCACCACACUCACAACACUCACCCUGCACCCACCCACCCUGGAAUACCCUCCACCCACCACCCACACCCUGCACCCACCACCCACACCCUGCACCCACCAUACACACCCUGCACCCACCCAGUCCGUGAUACCCCCA